AUGGGUGGCUGCAGGGCGGAACCGCCGCGUUCCUUGGUCGUCAGCUGUGACGCCAGGACAGCGGCCGCAAAGAUUUUGGGACCUCCCACGACCUUCAAUGCGGCGAAGCUCAAGGUGGAGUUCGCCGGCGAGGAGCUGCGGAGCAACAUGCAGCCUCCUCCAUUCCCCAGAGCCUACACUCUGACCCACUGCGACUUCACGGCGAACCGUGAGCGGGCCCAUGACCAGCGAGCAGCUGCGCAGCUGGCAGUCCUCAAGGCGGUGAUUCACGGCGACGCGGCUCUGUUCGCGGAGCGGCCGGAGCUGAUGGAGGCCAAGGUGUGGGUGCAUUUCCACUCCAGCGCUUGCAAGUACAACCGGAUAGAGUGCUGGGGCCCGCUCAGGGAGGCCACCAGGAGGAACCACCUGCUGGAUCUUGAUCUGGAUGGCCGCCGGCUGGACCAACUGCAGAGCUUAAUCAUCACCAAGAGCAAGCGGCGAAGGAAGUGGGCGACCCCGGAGACAAUCUUCAACGCCCUGCUCGCCCUUCUCCUCUGA